GAAGAGGAGACGGAAUGGCAAUGAAGAUGAGGGAUACACUCCCCAGGCAAAACGUAGCACCAGGAAUACUGUCCUUCAGGACUCGUGGGACACUGAGAAGGUGGCUGUAAGGAAACACAGUAAGGAACACAGACUAAAAGGAAACAAAGUGUCCUGUGCGUCCUCCAGCAGCGAUAGCGGCACGCAAGGGGCGCCCAGCGCGCGGGCGCAAAGCCCCGACAGAGCAUGCGGUGCAGAAUCCAGCCUAAACCCCAGCAUUGCUGGGUCCAGCCCCGGCUCCUCGCAGUCCUUCCACGAGCAGUCAGCGCUAAGCCAAGGUCCCUACUUCUACAUCAACCAGAUCCUGAAGGAAGCUCACUUCCACAGCUUACAGAGCCGGGGACGCCUCCCCACAUGAUGAGCCAGCGGAUCCCUGCCUUCUGUGAAGGGACAGCACUGUGUAGAUUUGAUAUUUCAAUUUAAAAGUUUGUUAAAAUGGAAUUGCACAAAAAAACGCCUGUUGCCUUUUCAGUCUAUAUUUGAAAUAAAAGGUUAACAGGAAAUUGUUUACUUGUGGUUUGCUGCACUAUUGCAAUGCAAAAGGGGCUUGGAAGCAAUUUUUAUAGGAUUCUUUUUGGGGCGGUUAGAAAAGUUUGUGUCAAGAGGAGAGGGAGGAAUCCACAGCUGUGUUUAUAGGAUUGCAAAAUGUCCAAUUCCAGUUGACUGCCUAAUCUGUUUGUUAGCGAGUUGUUGCUUUAUGUAAAGUUCUCUCAAAUGUUCAUGUUCAGUUUUCUAAGUUUUUUUUUUUUUUUAAUUUCAAUAAACUAGU